CCCGGUCGCGUCUGCGCCUCCCCGCCCGCCCGCCGGGGAGGACCGGGGCCCUGCGGGACCCCGGGCGGCGGAGCGCAGCCGCGCAUUUGUUCUCGCGGCCGGCGCUGGGGCGGGGCUGGCGGAGCGGGCUGGCCCACACGGUAGGCCCGCCGCGCAGCGCGGGGAGGAGCCGCAACGCCGCCUGAAACUGGAAUUAGUAGGAGUCCUCCUGCUUCCAGGCCGGAGACAGUCUCGUACGCUGGUCACUCCGCGUGUAUCGCGUGGCGCCUACUGGGCGCUGCAGACGCAGCAGAUGGUGACUAGGCCGGCCGACUGGAGCCGGCUGAUGGACGGGCUCCGACACGCAGAUCCUGUCCACCAUGGCCAGGCGCUCCCGGAGCGGCAGAGCAUGGCACUUUGUCCUUAGUGCAGCCCACCGCGACGCAGAUGCCCGGGCCAUGGCUCUGGCAGGGACCGCUAACCGAAGCUACGACUCCGAUGGGCAGCACAGUGACUCUGACUCUGACCCUGAGUACUUGUCCCUGCCGCCAUCCAUCCCCAGCGCUGUGCCUGUGACAGGCGAGUCCUUCUGCAACUGCGAUAACCAGAGUGAGGCCUCCUUCUGCAGCAGCCUGUACACGGCAGCCCACCGGGGCAGGGACUGCCGCUGUGGGGAGGAAGAUGAGUAUUUUGAUUGGGUCUGGGAUGACCUGAAUAAGUCCUCGGCCACCUUGCUGAGUUGUGACAACCGGAAGGUCAACUUCCAUGUGGAAUACAGCUGUGGCACAGCAGCCAUUCGAGGCACCAAGGAGCUGGGGGAGGGGCAGCACUUCUGGGAGAUCAAGAUGACUUCCCCCGUCUAUGGCACUGACAUGAUGGUGGGCAUUGGGACGUCAGACGUGGACCUAGACAAGUACCACCACACGUUCUGCAGCCUGCUCGGCAGGGACGAGGACAGCUGGGGCCUCUCCUACACAGGGCUCCUCCACCACAAGGGCGAUAAGACGAGCUUCUCCUCACGGUUCGGCCAGGGCUCCAUCAUCGGCGUGCACCUGGACACGUGGCAUGGGACACUGACCUUCUUUAAGAACAGGAAGUGCAUCGGAGUGGCAGCCACCAAGCUGCAGAACAGGAAGUUCUAUCCGAUGGUGUGCUCCACGGCGGCCAAGAGCAGCAUGAAGGUCAUCCGCUCCUGUGCCAGCGCCACCUCCUUGCAGUACCUGUGCUGCCACCGCCUGCGCCAGCUGCGGCCCAACUCUGGGGACACACUUGAAGGCCUGCCCCUGCCACCUGGCCUCAAGCAGGUGCUACACCACAAGCUGGGCUGGGUCCUGAGCAUGAGCUGUGGCCACCACAAGUCCCCUGUGUCUUCACCCAAGGCCACAGCCAGUCCCAACAACCCAGAGACCCGGCGCUACCAGAGGAAGCGCUGCCGAAGGACCUAACUUAUUUUCCAAUGAAAACUGCCUUCUGAGGCUGAGAUGGCAUUUUCUUCAUCCUUUCCCUCGGGCUGUGCUCCAGGGUAACAGGAGAGGGAGGAGUUGAGCCUAGGUCUGCCUGGGCUCACUCUGCCAUCAGAGGCUGAGACAGGCCAUGCCGCAGGGGCUCAGGGGCCAUAGGCCCUGGGAUCCUGAUACCAGGACUGUCUUGAGUCCAUCUGCUUCCCGUGCCAGGUGUGGGAGCCACGGCUUCCCUCCUUAGAGUCUCUUAGGAGUCGGCCCCCCAGCCCUCCUGGACUGAGCGUGCAGGCCCAGGAGGUGUGGUCCACGGCCUGGUCUGAGGCCGGCUUUCUUGUAGCCACCAGCCUCAGGGAACCUUGGAUUUGUCCUCACUUGUUUUGCAUGUCAUCAACUGUUCCUCCUGUCCAAGACUGAAACAACUGUAAUAAACUUACAAGUUUAUGCCUGA